AUGCGGUUCUUUCGUGAUAACAUUAUUUAUCUCUUUGGAGUUCCGUGCCGUAUAAUCUUUGAUAAUGGCCCAUCAUUUAGAAGCACCAAAAUCGCCAGAUUUUCCCGCCGCAAUAACAUUAACUGGCGAUACUCUUUGAUUUAUUAUCCCAAAGCUAAUGGCUUGAUAAAGGCAUUCAAUAAGACUCUUGUGCAACUGAUAAGGAAAAUACUUAUUGCAAAUAAAAGAGAAUUGCAUGAUAAGUUAUUUGAAGUAUUAUGGGCAUAUAUGACUACCUACCGUACUCCUACUCAAUCCACCCCAUAUGCUUCAGCUUUUGGGGUUGAAGCAGUCCUCCCACUUGAGGUCGAGCUCCCCUCACUGCGUGUGGUAGUUAGCUAUAAUCUAUCUGAUGAAGAUAUUGCCCGAUUAAGGUUGGAAGAGCUUGAUGGUUUAGAUGAGCUUCGCUUACGAGCAUAUCAGUGCCUUAAGCUAUGCCAGGCUAGAAUGGACCGGCACUACAAGCACCUUGUUAGACCCCAUGCUUUUCGGGUAAGAGAGUUAGUUCUUAUUUUGCGUAGGCCUAUCAUUUUGCAUCGGCGCCAAAGUGGUAAGUUUGAGCCUAUUUGGGAAGGCCCCUUAACUAUAGAGCAAGUUUAUGAAGGUGGUGCCUACCAACGUAUUGAUGCAAAUGGCGUUCACCCCAUGCCUGUCAUCAAUGGGCAGUACUUGGAAAAGUACUAUGCCUGA